AUGCAAGACGAACAGAUCCUGAUAGAUCGAUUGGAGGAUCUGAUAAUUGACCAUCCUGAUGCAUCUACCACGCGAGAUUUAGAGGAUUCGUUAGAUGAAACGUUUCAAAAGAAAUUAAAUGCAAGAGCUGAACAGAUCAAAUCCAAUCAAUUGUAUGAUAGACGUAAUAAAAAAGAUCAUGAGAAUACUGGAGUUUCCAGUGGAUCAAGUGGAGCAGUUAAUUAUCAAUUUUUAAUCACUCGAUAUCAUUUACAAUAUCAAUAUAGAGAUUAUGAAGGAUUACAACAAGAGAUCAAUGAAUGGUUUUCAUAUCAUGAUUUAAUAUUUAUAGGAGGAUUGAAGACAAUACAAGAUGCAUUUGAAAAGCAAUUGGAAGAUACAAGACUUAAAUUACCCCUUGGUGAUUUUGAUGCCGAAUUAAUUAAAUCAAUUAUUCCUUCUUUAAGCUCUAAAGAAUUCGAUCUCUGGAAGGACAAUGAUUCCACACUCUCAGAGUCAUUACAGGUCUUACUAUACUAUAGUUUAGGUCAAUAUGGAAACAAAUCUACCACUCAAGAUCAAUUAGAGGCUAUAAUCGACAACAAUAUAAAUCUUAUUAAAUUUGAAGUAUAUAAACCUUUGAUAAGUUUAUUGCAAAGUCUAUUUAAACACGUCAUUUCUCAAAAAUCAAGGUAUGGUUUAACUUCGUUAACCGAGAUGAAUUAUUUUCGAACUUUAACAUUAGUCUAUAUAAUGAUCAAUUCUGUACUAAAUGAUUCUGAGAAUGAUUGUGUAGCAGAAUUUAAAGAUUAUUUAGCAUCAGUUGAUCUCUUGGCAUCAUUAAUUGAAUUCAUAGAGAAUUGGAAAUGGAAACCAAAUAACACAUAUAGAACUAGGUACUUAAUCUUAUUGUGUUGGAAAUUAAUUCUCUUUGAAAUGGGUGACACCAAGCAAUUAAAAAAAGCUGAUGAGUUUUUAAUAAAUGUACAUGAUAUCAAUAACAAGAAUGGCAAAGAUCUGACAAAAUUAAUUUGUUCUCCAUUAGAUUAUUUUGCAUUUAGAGAGGAUUUAUUAGAUAAAUUUCCAUUAUAUAAUGAUCCUGAAUUAAAAGUUUUUGAUUUUAGUGAAUUUCAUAAAGCUUUAGAUGCAGAUGAUAACAGUACAAGUGAUACGGCAAGUAUUCUGUCUCAUGCUUCUAUUGAAGAUAGGUAUAAAUAUUUCAUGGCAAUAAAUAGUUUUUCAGAUUCAUUGACAAACUUAGUUGAAAGACCAAAAACAAAUAAAUCACAUACAGUUUUAAGUCAAUUACCAGCACAAACAUUACAUAUUGCAACUCCUGUCCCUUCACCUGUUCUAGAAACUUCUGAUUAUAUGUCUGGAGGUGAAAAAAUUAGAAGAUCUUAUCAAGUGAAUCAAGCUAUGCCAUUCAUUUAUCCAAAUUUAUCAUCAAUGGUAGAUAAUUCAGAAAAUGUAGAAGUACCUUAUGCAAUAAAAGAAGCUGAUGAAAUCUUAAAACAAUCUAUUUAUGAAAGUUAUUCAAUUAAAAGAUUAUGGGAUGAAAGACAACGAUUUAUGAAGCAGGAAAGAGGAUAUAUAGGUGAAUAUGGAGAUGAGAAAGUUAAAUCCGAUGAGAAUGACAAUAUUGAUAAUAUAAAUGAAACGGAUGAUAUGAAGGAUUUAUUUGAAAAGUAUCCAAAUUAUAAAUCAGAAAUAAAAUCCAUUAUGAGAACCGAGAAAUUCUAUAAUAAGAAUUUAACCCGACUUAAUACUUUUAUAGAAGUAUUAGUUGAUACUAUCAAAUAUAAUCGAUUAGAUUAUAAUCUUAAUUUUGCAGAAUGGGAGUUAAAUCCUCAAACUUCAUAUUUUAAUAAUACAAAUAAAAAUAAGGAUAGUUUUAAUACUAUUCCUGGUGAUGAUACUGCUAGAGAGAAGAUUAAUUUUGUUCUUCUUCUGCAACUUGAAGUUGUAAAUAUUAAAGAAAUUACAUUGAAAGCUAGUACUAGUAUAAUCUUAUUAUUAUUAAAAUGGUUUAAAAUUAGUCAUGUAUUAAAAUAUUAUUAUUUAUCUUCCAUAUUAUUUGAUCAACAAUUCUUCACUAUUAGUUUGGAUUAUCUUAGUAGGAGUUUUAAUAAUUCCAACUUACAAAAUUUAUCUAAUCGAGAUAAAAUGAAUGAUGAAUUGAAUGAAUAUGAAAUUUUGAUAAAUCAAAAUAAACUUAUGAAUCCAAAGAUUCAGAUAUCAUCAUUUGAAUUUUUUAAUCAAUGCUUAAAUUAUGAAAAUAAAAAAUUUAAUGGAAUCAGGCAAAAACCUAUCACUCUUAUAAAUAAACGAUUAAUUCUGCAGUUACCUGAAAUUAUUGAUAGUGAUAAUAUUAAUCAUGUAUAUAUAUCUGAAUUCAAUGAGAAUUUUGCAUUUAUAUUAUCCAAUAUAUUAAAAAUCAUUAAGAAAAUUCUUAUUAAGAAUGUUACCCAAAGAAUUUUUACUUUGAAUGAAUUAAAGCCAACAGAGUUAUUUAAAAUGAUUGUAAUGAAUUAUGAUAAUGAAGCAUUUACAAAACCAAUAUUGAAAACAUUAAAGAAAUUAAUUCCUUAUCAAGGAAGAAAAUGGAAAACAGUUAAUAUGGAUUUAAUUAGCUUAAUUUUUCUUAAUUUGAAAUUAACUUUAAAAGAUAAUUGGUUGAGUGGUAAAGAUUUAGAAAGUGAUUUUAAUAAUUCUUUAGAUCAAGAAAUUGCUUUACGAGCUCUAUUACAGUUUUAUAAUAUUAGAAAAUACCCUCAACAAAUGGAAUCUAUAGGAUAUCAUGUGGAUAAUAAUUUUGAUAUUCCUGUAUUGAAUCUAAGUGAAGAUCAAGAUUACUUCUAAUGGUUAAUUGCAAAAAUUGCACAAGUUGCAAAUUAGAAUUGUUUAAGAUUUUUUUGGAGCGGGUCGUGUGCUCCUGCUCAAAAUUCAAAUUUUCGUUUUCAAUUUUUUUUUUUAGUCUCGACCAACAGCAUUACGAAAUUUUCGACCAUAGCAACAAUUUAGU